GGCUCUCUCUCGCGAGGCCGCCGCGGCGGUUGUCGGGACCGGGGGGGCCGCAGCUAUGGCGCCCAAAAAGAAAGGCGGCAAGAAGGGCAAGGGGGGGAAGGCGGCGGCCGUGGUGGACGGCAUGGCGCCCGAGGACAUGAGCAAGGAGCAGCUGGAGGAGCACAUUGUGCGGCUGCGGGAGGAGCUGGACCGCGAGCGCGAGGAGCGCAACUACUUCCAGCUGGAGCGCGACAAGAUCCACACCUUCUGGGACAUCACGCGGCGGCAGCUGGAUGAGAAGAAGGCCGAGCUGCGCAACAAGGACCGCGAGAUGGAGGAGGCCGAGGAGCGGCACCAGGUGGAGAUCAAGGUGUACAAGCAGAAGGUGAAGCACCUGCUGUACGAGCACCAGAACAACCUGACGGAGCUGCGGACCGAGGGCACUGUGUCCAUGAAGCUGGCGCAGAAGGACCACCGGGCCCAGGAGCUGGAGCUGCGCCGGGACAUGCGCUCCCUGAAGGUGGAGCUGAAGGAGCAGGAGCUGGCCAACGAGGUGGUGGUGAAAGGCCUGCGCAUGAAGCAGGAGGAAGAGAUCACACGCCUGCGCUGUGACUUCGAGAGACAAGUGAAAGAGAUUGAGGCCAAGUACGAGAAGAAGAUGCGGCUGCUGCGGGAGGAGCUGGACCUGCGGCGCAAGACGGAGAUCCAUCAGAUCGAGGAGCGCAAGAAUGGGCAGAUCAACACGCUGAUGCAGAACCACGAGAAGGCCUUCAGUGACAUCAAGAACUACUACAACGAUGUCACCCUCAACAACCUGGCCCUCAUCAACACCCUCAAGGAGCAGAUGGAGGAGAUGAAGAAGAAGGAGGACCACCUGGAGAAAGAGAUGGCAGAGGUGCUGCUGCAGAACCGGCGCCUGACAGAGCCCCUGCAGCGCGCCCGGGAGGAGGUGGCCGAGCUGCAGAAGAAGCUGGUGCACUAUGAGAAGGACAAGGAGGUGCUGGCGAGCACGAAGGCCCGGCUCAAGGUCACCCAGAAGGAGCUGAAGGACCUUCAGUGGGAGCACGAAGUGGUGGAGCAGAGGUUCAGCAAGGUGCAGGCGGAGCGGGACGAGCUGUACCGCAAGUUCACGCAGGCCAUCGGCGAGGUGCAGCAGAAGACCGGCUUCAAGAACCUGCUGCUGGAGCGCAAGCUGCAGGCGCUCACCGGGCUGGUGGAGAAGAAGGAGGUGCAGCUCAACGAGGUCCUCUCUGCCGCCAACCUCGACCCCAGCGCCCUCUCCCUGGUCACGCGCAAGCUGGAGGACGUGCUGGAAUCCAAGAACACCAGCAUCAAGGAGCUGCAGUACGAGCUCGCCCGGGUCUGCAAGGCGCACAACGACCUGCUGCGGACAUACGAGGCAAAGCUUGCAGCUUUCGGGAUCCCGCUGGACAACCUGGGCUUCACGCCGCUGGAGACACCCCUGCUGGAGCAGGCACUGGGCCAGGGCCCUGCUGGACUGGUCGCCACCCCCACAUAGCACCCAUGGGUGCGCUGACCUUGCUACGCAGGCCACAGCUCCAUGGGCAGCAGAGCUCCUGGCAGUGGCUCUGCCCCAUCCCUGUGCUGCCGCAGGCACCGCACUGGCCCAGGUGGGGAGUGGGGCUUCCCCAGCCCCCAUUAAACAGCCAAGGAAGGUUUGCAGA